AUGAGUGCCCCUGCCCACAAGUUCAAGGUCUCCGACAUUUCGUUGGCUGCCUUCGGGCGCCGCGAGAUUGAACUCGCGGAGAUCGAAAUGCCAGGCCUCAUGGCUAUCCGGCAGAAAUAUGCUCAAGAUCAGCCAUUGCAAGGGGCCCGAAUUGCUGGUUGCCUUCACAUGACCAUCCAAACUGCGGUGUUGAUCGAAACCCUUAAAGCCCUUGGUGCGGAGGUCACAUGGUCGAGUUGUAACAUUUUCUCCACGCAAGAUCAUGCCGCUGCCGCUAUUGCUGCUGCGGGAACCCCCGUCUUUGCCUGGAAGGGCGAGACUGAGGAGGAAUACAUCUGGUGUAUUGAACAGCAAUUGUUUGCAUUCAAAGACGGAAAGAAACUUAACCUCAUCCUUGAUGAUGGUGGUGACUUGACGUCUUUGGUACACAAGAAAUACCCUGACAUGCUCAAAGAUUGCUAUGGUCUGUCUGAAGAGACGACAACUGGCGUUCACCAUCUUUACCGAAUGCUAAAGAACAAAGAGCUUCUUGUUCCAGCAAUCAACGUGAAUGAUUCGGUGACAAAAUCGAAAUUUGAUAACCUUUAUGGCUGCAGAGAGUCGCUAAUUGAUGGUAUCAAGCGUGCGACUGAUGUUAUGAUUGCAGGUAAAAUCGCAGUGGUCGCAGGAUUUGGUGAUGUGGGUAAAGGAUGUGCCCAGGCGCUUCACAGCAUGGGUGCCCGAGUCAUCGUUACUGAAAUUGAUCCUAUCAACGCAUUGCAGGCUGCAGUUGGAGGAUUUGAAGUCACAACUAUGGAAGAAGCAGCACCAUUGGGUCAAAUCUUCGUCACCACCACCGGCUGUCGAGAUAUUUUAACUGGAUCUCACUUCGAGGUCAUGAAAAACGAUGCCAUUGUCUGCAAUAUCGGGCAUUUCGAUAUCGAAAUCGAUGUUGCCUGGCUCAAGGCAAAUGCCAAAUCGAUUCAGAACAUCAAACCCCAGGUUGACCGCUAUUUGAUGCCGUCUGGUCGGCACAUUAUCCUUCUCGCGGAGGGCAGACUUGUCAACCUUGGUUGCGCCACUGGACAUUCGUCUUUUGUGAUGUCCUGCUCCUUUUCCAACCAAGUCCUGGCCCAAAUUAUGCUUUAUAAGUGCCAGGACCCUGAUUUCGCUAAAAGGCAUGUUGAAUUCGGUGCAACAGGAAAGCUCGGAGUCGGUGUUUACGUACUGCCCAAAAUCCUCGACGAACAAGUCGCGUUCUUCCACCUGGAACACGUAAACGCUAAAUUAUCGAAACUCACAGCCAAGCAGGCGGAAUAUCUAGGAUUAGAUGUUGAGGGACCUUUCAAAAGUGAAAUGUGA